AUGUCGAAAACAUUUACAGGAACGUCGAACUUUACCCUUCCGCGAAUAUACACCCUACCUCCCACGGAUUUCUUGGUCGAUUGUCGACCUCUUGAGCUAGAUGAGGAUGGCAAACACCUUGAAACCCCAGCUUCCGAUCCCUCCAGUCCGAUUUUCUUUGAACCACAGGGUGCUGCAUGGGUUCCCGAUGUUUGUGAAACCGACCCUAAAGUCACGGCAGACUUGAGGAAAAUCACUGAUGGAUGGGAGAACGCCAAAAAUGACCCCUUAGUUCGGAGCCUUCAUUCCCAGGUCUGGUUUGUCUUUUUGGGCCUGGAGCGGAUGUUCUUCCAGUUCCGCCGAGAGUUCGACCAGGGAGAUGUAGCACUAUCGGUUAUCGCCGAUAAAUUCUACCCAUCUAUUUGGGGAUCGAUGCGAUGCUCGCCGGCCGCUGCCUUUGUGCCGAAGGAGUUGUUAUAUCCUGAAGGAAGACCCCCACACACUCUAAUCCACACCUUGAUUGAACACGAGCCUUGCGAAACGCUGACCCGGGCAGAGGUGAUGAUCCUUACCGCAAUUAUGAUAACGCGACUAGAAGGCGAGGGUUGCUUAGAGUAUAACACUAUUCCAGUUAUGGCUAUCACGAUCUUCGGGCAAAUGAAGGCCCGAGUAAUCGAAGCCCAUUGCACCCCGCAAGUUCUAGUCAUCAAGAAGACGGACCUUCUUGAUUUUUCGACUAACAAAGUCGCAAACAAGAAUAUGGACAUUCUGCUUGGAUUUAUGUGUGCCGACCUCGUCGAAAAUGCCGGAGAGCCCACAGUUCCCACGGAGACCCCAAAGGUUUGUAAUACCGAUACAGUUGACCUGGGAAACAUGCCGACCAUGAAUCAGAACUCACGAAACACCGACCCAGAGGUAGAGGGAGGGCAUUCACAGAGAGUGGGCCAAUAA